AUGGAGGUGAUUUUGGAGCAAAUUUUUGGAGAAACGUCACCGGAAAACGCAGAGAGCCCUUCUAUGCAAGAUGAUGAAAACAUCAACGGUGACGCGCGUAUAGGUGAACAGUCCGACAAUGAAGAAAAUGGGGCAUACGAAUGUAUACCUGAUUGUGAUGAAAGUAUUAAACCCUUACUUGGGCAACGGUUUUCGACGUUAGACGAAGGUGUUGGGUACUACAAAGAAUAUGCCGCAUUUGUAGGUUUCGAUGUCCCAAGCAGCACAGUUAAGAAGAACCGAUAUGGAGAUGUCGAAGUGAAGUAUUUGCUUUGUUCAAGAGAGGGGUACACAGUGACAAAGGAACAAAGGUCAACAACCACAGGAGAGGCCAACGGAGCAAAUAUAAACACACGCCGGCGUGUGUCAAACAAGGUUGGGUGUAUGGCUCGGUGUGCCCUAAAACGUCUAAAAGACGGGCAUUACGCAAUUAAUGUGUUGAUUGAAACUCAUAAACAUCGUUUAUGUGACAAAGAGGCAAAAAAGUUCCUCAAGAUAAACCGCAACUUGGGAAUCGGGCAUCAAGCAUUCAUAGUAGCAUGUGAAAAGGCUAACAUAGGGACUUCAAAAGCGUUUGAGCUAUACAGCGUACUUGGCGGUGGUGUAGAUAGCGUUGGUGCUACAUGUAUUGACUUCAGGAAUUGCAGAAGGGAUGUUCAGGCGCAGGUACACGAUGCCGAUGCACAAUCAAUUAUAGAGAAAUACACGAAGAAAAAAACGUUGUUUGCUACAUACACGUUUGAUUACGACGUUGAUGACGAGCAAAAACUGUGUAGAGUGUUUUGGUGUGACCCAAUAGCCGAGCAAAAACUGUGUAGAGUGUUUUGGUGUGACCCAAUAGCAGAGCAAAAACUGUGUAGAGUGUUUUGGUGUGACCCAAUAGCAAAGCAGAAUUACCUUCAGUUUGGGGAAUGUGACCCAAUAGCAAAGCAGAAUUACCUUCAGUUUGGGGAAAUGGUUUCAUUUGAUGCAACCUACCGCACAAACAGGUUCGUUCUAUUUACAAUGCCCGUAAUAGUGUGUAUGGUUAUUGUGUGA